AUGUGGAUUCCUUCAAGUGUUUUCAGCGCUACCCAAAAAUUGAGGGUACAGUUUAUCGCCAAAGGUCAGACCGAUAUCGUGCUGUCAACACUCAGUGAGAUUAUGAUGAAGGUAUUCGCUCCUGCUGCUCCCAUGGUAACCGUAUCCCUAGCUACUUUACCAACGGUGAACCACAGCAUUCCUGGUGUAAAAUACGGUUGA